GUGCCUCGGGACUGGGGUGCGCGCGGCCCCGCAGCUGGCCAUGGCCUUCACUUUCGCUGCUUUCUGCUACAUGCUGUCCCUCGUGCUGUGCGCCGCGCUCAUCUUCUUCGCCAUCUGGCACAUCAUUGCCUUCGAUGAGUUAAGGACGGAUUUUAAGAGCCCCAUAGACCAGUGUAACCCUGUUCAUGCGAGAGAACGUCUGAGGAACAUCGAGCGCAUCUGCUUCCUCCUGAGAAAGCUGGUGCUUCCGGAAUACUCCAUCCACAGCCUCUUCUGCAUCAUGUUCCUGUGCGCUCAGGAGUGGCUCACCCUGGGGCUGAACAUCCCUCUACUUUUCUAUCACUUCUGGAGGUAUUUCCACUGUCCAGCGGACAGCUCGGAGCUCGCCUACGACCCGCCGGCGGUCAUGAAUGCGGACACCUUGAGCUACUGUCAGAAGGAGGCCUGGUGCAAACUCGCGUUUUAUCUGCUGUCCUUCUUCUACUACCUUUACUGCAUGAUCUACACGCUAGUGAGCUCUUAACUCAGACC